AUGUCUCAAAAACCGUUCAGGGUUAUUAUCGUGGGGGGCUCUGUCACAGGCCUCACAUUAGCUCACAGCUUGCACAGAAUUGGAGUCGAUUAUAUAAUUCUAGAGAAGCGAGCCAAGGUUGUACUACAGGAGGGAGCCUCAAUUGGAAUCCUGCCGAAUGGUGCUCGAGUUCUGGAUCAACUUGGGCUUUAUGAUACCAUCGAGCAGUCCGCCGCCCCUCCUGAAUCAUCUCACAUCCAUUUCCCCGAUGGUUUUCACUUUAUCAGUCCUUACCCCAAGAGGAUGCUCGAAAGUUUCGGAUACCCCAUUGCCUUUUUAGAAAGGCGGAGACUGCUGGAAAUCUUGUACAACACACUACCUGACAAGACCAGACUUAAGGUCAACAAAACAGUCUCCGACAUUGAGCAAUAUCCAGAAGGGGGCAAAUGCAACGCGCGGGUCCGAACCCUCGAUGGAGAUGUGUAUGAGGGUGACCUCGUCGUCGGAGCUGAUGGCGUGCAUAGUCGAACUCGGAGAGAAAUGUGGCGACUGUCCGGCUCUUCGUCGACGGGUGAUGUCCCCGUUAGUGAAAGAAACACUGACAGCCUAUUCCAGGGAUUGUCUGGCCUAAGUGUUGGCCAGCAAGUUAUGCGCAUAUACAAUGGGCGAACACUGCUGGUGGUGCCGUCCAAAGACGAGCUGGUUUUCUGGUUUUUGUCACAGAAGCUUGACCGGAAAUAUGAGUACAGCAAUGCCCCUCGCUUUACGUUGGAAGACGCCGCUGCUCAGUGCUUGCAAGUGGCGGAUGCUCCCAUAGCGGAUGGGAUCCAGUUCCAAGAUAUUUGGAAGAUGCGACAGGCUUUCAACAUGGUUUCUCUAGAAGAAAACCUUUUCAAGACCUGGUCCUUCGGCCCUAUAGUCUGUAUUGGAGACAGUAUGCACAAGAUGACAAUCAAUUUUGGACAAGGCGCAAACUGUGCUAUUGAAGACGUGGCUGUCUUAUCCAAUCUGAUACAUGCGCUCCUCUUGGAGAACAAGGGCAUGAAGCCAACAUCCCGGGACAUUGAGGUUCUGUUGCGACGCUUCAACCGCAUACACCUUUCGAGAGUAUCCCAUAUUUUUAACAUGUCUUGGCUCGUAGCACGAGUGCAUGCACAGGAUGGAUGGCUCCGAAAGAUAAUAGGAAGAUAA